AUGACAGGGAAAGUUGUUUACAAUGCAAAGGUUGACUAUGACCUUCCUGAUCUCGAUCUCCUGACUGUUCUAUUUGAAUCCGCCCAUGUACCGUCUGAUGAUUCCACAGUACUCCAUGUGGAGGCUAGCCAUCCGGAUAAUUUCAUUACCAAGGCGCAGACUGCCUCAUACACCAAACGUGUGGCCCAUGUUCUUCGACAUCAAUAUCAAAUUGGGGCUUCCGGGCCUGGAAAGGACGUCGUUGUUUGCAUCUCCUCUGGUCAGGUCCUCCUCCCAACUAUCUUCUACGGUACAAUCGCAGCAGGGGGUGUUUACAGCGCUGGGAGUAGCAGCUUGACGACUUCGGAGCUGAAGCGCCAGAUUGAAGAUGGGAAAGCGACCAUCUUGAUAUCAUCUCCUGAUUGUCUCAAAACCGCCAAAGAAGCCGCUCAGCAGGCCCGCUUUCCAGUGGACAGGAUUAUCACGCUUGAUAGCACCAAUGGCAAGAGGAGUCUUCUCUCCCAUACAGGCAAAGAGCUGUUGUCUGGGACAGCAAAAGAGCUUUCAUGGAAGAAGAUCACAGACCCGUGCGUUCUAGCCAAACGCACCAUUUGUCUUGUCUAUAGCAGUGGGACGACUGGGGCACCAAAAGGCGUCAUUAUCACGCAAGCAAAUAUGGUAGCCUAUGCCAUUGUUAUCGGUUACAGCCAUCGCGACUUUGUCCGCCGCCAACGAGCCCGAGAUCCAACUUUCUCCUUUCAGUAUCGGACGCUUGCCCAUGUUCCAGCUGCACACAUCGCCGGCAUGCAGGGUUAUUUCAUCCACCCAGCCGUGCAUGGCGGAACAGUCUUUUGGAUGCCCAAGUUCGAUUUCACUCAAUUCAUCAACUACAACCGAAGCCUCAGGAUUACUACAUUUUUCAGUGUCCCUCCCAUCUAUCUUCUUAUAUCCCAGAGCUCCCAGGUAAAAGACCACUUCCGUACUCUUUAUCAUGCUUUAUCUGGGGCAGCACCAAUGGGGCCUGAACUUACCAAGGCUGUGGAGAAAAAGCUGGACUGCACCGUAUCGCAGGUCUGGGGCAUGAGUGAGACGACAGGGAGUGUCACUAUACAGCCUUGGGACGAGAAGGAUGAUACGGGUUGCAUAUCGGAGAUUCAGCCCAACACCAAGUUACGUAUUCUUGAUGACGAAGAGAACGACGUGGAGGAUGGAAAUCCCGGUGAGCUGGUGGUUCAAGGCAAGACAGUAUCGCCAGGAUAUUGGGAAAAUCCGAAAGCAACGGAGGAAGCCUUCACGAAGUGCGGUGAGUGGUUUAAGACUGGAGAUAUCGGCGUCCGUCGAAACAAUAAGUUCUAUAUUGUUGAUCGCAAGAAGGUAGGCUACCACUUCCUAUUAGUCCCAUACUUUGCGCUCAUUGAAAAACCUUGUGUACAGGAACUCAUUAAAUAUAAGGGACUCCAAGUUGCCCCUGCAGAAUUGGAGGCUCUUUUGCUAACCCACCCUCUCAUUAUGGAUGCGGCUGUAAUUGGUAUACCAGUGCCGGGAGAGGAUGGCAACGAAGUCCCAAGGGCCUAUAUUGUGGCAGACCAUACAAAGGUGUCUGAGAAGGACAUUCAGGCGUUCGUCAAGCAAGAACUUGCUUCUUAUAAGCAAUUGCGUGGCGGUGUGGCUUAUCUCAAAGCAAUUCCCAAGAGCCCGACUGGUAAAAUUCUGAGAAGAGAGCUUCGUGAGCUUGUGAAGAAGGAGUCUCGAGUAGCCAGACUAUAA